AUGGUAGGAGUUUCUAAAAAAGAUUUGAGCAAGAAAAAGGUUGACCAUUCAACCAAGAAGGGAGUUAAGUCUAACUUAAAAUCAAACAAAGAUUCUAAAGUUAAGCUUAUGAAAAAAGAUGAACAUGGAAAAGUUAAAUUAUAAAAGCCUUUAAGCAACAUUUCAGAAUUAAAGAAGGAAAGAGUUGAAAAGAAAAAAAACUUAAAUGAAAAAAAACAAAAGAUUAAAGAUGCAGUUGAAGAACAAGUUGAGGAAUUUGAUAAUCAAGGAUUCUUCGUUGUACCCACAAAUAUGUAAAUUACUGCUGAAGAUGAAGAAAUUUUGAAACAUUUUUCUAUCGGAGCUAAUGCAGGCUCUGCUUUUGGAGAUGAGAAUUUGUUUGAUAAUAUUGUCAAUGAAAUAGGAUAGAAUAUCUCAAAUAAACUUGAAGAAAAGACAUAAAAGGAAUAUGCUGAAAACAUGUUAAAAAAUCCUAAAGUCAAAAUAGUUUAUUAAGACAUAGCAAAGUUAAUGUCUCAUUACAGAAGUGGCAAGCUUGCAAGAGCUUUUGUUAUAAUUCCUGGAUUGGAGUAAUGGGAGGAAGUUUUAGAAUUAACAAGACCCUCAGAAUGGACUCCAUAGGCUCUUUUUGCAGCUGUUAAGCUUUUUUCUUCAAGCUUAGAUGGACAUAGAGCCAAAGUAUUCUUUAAUAAGAUUAUCUAUCCUGCUGUAAAGGCUGAUAUUAAGAAAAAUAAAAAAUUAAAUGCUCACUAUUAUAAUGCAUUGAAAAAAGCUCUUUAUAAGCCAGCUGCUUGGUUCAAAGGUAUCAUCUUCCCACUUAUCACUGAUCCUGAAACAACUCUUAAAGAAGCUUAAAUUAUUGCAAGUUUAUUAUCUAAAAUGACAGUCCCUGUCAUGCACUCUGCUGCUUGUUUAUUGAGACUUUGCUCAAUGCCUUUCAAUGGACCUACUUGUAUAAUGAUGAAAACUAUUAUAGAAAAGAAAUAUGCCCUCCCCAAUAGAGUAAUUGAUGGACUUGUUGAGUAUUUAGUCAAAUUCGUAAAUGAAAAGAAUGUUUUACCUGUUUUAUGGCAUUAAAUGGUUCUCAGUUUUUGUGGAUAAUAUUCAGGUCAUUUCAGUGAACUUUAAAAGAAAGCUUUGAAGCAAUUAGUGAAAAAAUGUAAUCAUCAUAUCAUUUCAAGCGAAAUUAUAAAAGCUAUUGAUGGAGAAAAUAUAAUUAUAAAUCCUGAUAGUACAAUGAAUAUGGAAUGA